AUGUCUGAAACCCUCCAGGAGCUGGCUGACAUCCCCAAGGACUUUGUCCGGGAUGGUUCAUUGUUCAUUCGCAGGUGCACUAAACCCGAUAAGCGUGAAUUCAUCAAGAUCAGCCAGGCCGUUGGAAUGGGCUUCCUUAUCAUGGUAAGCAAAGCAAAGGACUAUGUGAUAUGGGUACAAUCCAUCUCUUUCUUUGGAGCGAUGCUAACAGCUGUCAAGGGUGCGAUUGGUUAUUUUAUCAAGCUGAUCCACAUUCCUGUUAACAAUAUUCUUGUCGGGGGAGCAUAA